UCGCGGUGCUGGUCCCGGUGCCUCUGACCCCCUAUCCCCCCCCCCCAGGGCCCCCUCGUUCCGGCUGCCCCCCACCCCCGAGACCCCCUGCAUCCUGGUGGGGCCCGGCACCGGCAUCGCCCCAUUCCGCAGCUUCUGGCAGCAGCGGCUGCACCAGCUGCGGGAGGGAGGUGGCCCCCUGGGCCCCAUGGUGCUGGUGUUCGGGUGCCGCUCCCCCAACCUGGACCACAUCUACAGGCAGGAGAUGGAGGAGGCACGGGAGGGGGGGGCCCUCAGCAUGGUCCUGACUGCCUUCUCCCGAGAGCCCGGGACCCCCAAGACCUACGUGCAGGACGUGCUGCGGACACAGCUGGCAGCAGAGGUGCACCAGGUGCUGUGCCAGAGCGGGGGACACAUGUAUGUCUGUGGGGACGUCACCAUGGCCACCGAGGUGCUGCAGACCGUGCAGCAGAUCCUGGCCCAGCAGGGUGGCAUGACACUGGGGCAGGCGGGGGACUUCAUCAGCGAGCUGCGGGACAAGAACCAUUACCACGAGGACAUUUUUGGGCUGACAUUCCGCACGCAGGAGGUGGCAUUCCGCAUCCGCAGCCAAUCCUUCUCCCUGCAGGAGCGGGGGCGGCCGGGACCCCCACCCUGACCACGGGGACAGGGACACGGAGGGCCCCACAGCCGAUCCCACUCCCCCCUGUGGCCCCAG